UCGCGCCUGGCAAGUCCCGCCCAUCCCGUCUUGGACACCCCGCCAGCCCACUGGUCCAAAGUCGGCGAAUGGCAGGCAGGCAGCCACAUCCGAGGCCAGCCACAAGCUCCCCCGGCAGGCUCGGCAAUCGGCGUUUGGUCUGUCCUCAGCCCGAUUGCGCAUCGAUCAUCAUCUGCCCAGAGCCGCUCCUCGCCUCUGCACAACGCCCCCCCCCCAGCGUUCACUACCGCAUCCGUCAUAGCAUGCCGUUCGAUAUCACGGCCCUCCGCACGUCCAGCCCACUUCCUCCCGAAGACGCCGUGGCUCUGCCGGUCCUCGUUGAGAUCAGGGGCCAGCUCGAGCGCCAUCGCACCUUGCUCAAGAAGGGCAGCUCCACCCCGAGCGACGCCGAUAUUGGCGCACUCUGGAAGAGCUAUGUGGGCGCCGUCAAGUCGCACUACCAGUCCCGCACUGGAAUCGCCAUCGGAGAGGUUGAGGGUGAAGCCUCGAGCGACCAGCCGCCCCAACAGCCACAGCCGCAAUCGCAAUCGCAAUCGCAGUUGCAAGCGCAAUCGCAGCCCCAGCAACAACCGCAACUACAACAGCAGCAGCAGCCUAAGCACCUCGCCGACUCGACCCAGCCGCACUCGAUUCUGGUCGUGAACGAUGGCCAGCACUCGCAGCACUCUAGUCUUGGCCGGCACCCCAAGUUUGCUCCUGCGGAUUUGUCCGAGGUCAACCGGAAGCUCCUGAUCUCGCUUCUUGAGCAGAGCACCGACUCCCCGACCAAAGUCGACCAGGUCUCGGUCGAUGUGCUCUCGCUAUUCUUCAAGCUGUGGACGGAACAAAAGAAGGUCCCCCCAGGAUUUUACCGCAGCUACGUCCAGCUGUCCAAGCUUCAUGCAGCCCUCAAGCAGUUGAACCAAUCUGGGCUUUUCACGAGCCAAAUCCUGUCCACACAUGUCCUCGCCCUGGCCGAGCUCGCCGAGUCCCUUCGCGCGAUUGAGGCCGCCCUCGCCGGCCAGAAGGACGGCAUCGCCGCUUGCUAUCUGCAGGGCAUGUCUUAUAUGAAAGAGAAAUACCAGGCAGCGAAUAACUUGCUUUCCAAGCUCAAGUCCGAUCUCUCCAACAUCGAUGCUGCCCUCAUUCCGAUCCUUGAGAAGCUCGUCGAGAUCCAGGGCGAGCUGGCGCGCCUGCUGACCCAGUCGCACCCCACUGCCUUUUCCCUCUCCGAGAUCCACGAUCUGCAGGAGCACUUGAACGAGAUCGAUUCCUUCCGGAUCAACGGUGCUUUUGUUUCAUCGACAGACGGGUCGAUCCCGUCCGGUCAGGCGCACGUCACGACGCUUCUCGAGAACUGCUUCGAGGACUGCCACGAGCUUCUGGCCCAGCGAGACGAAGUCACUGGCGACAACCCCCUCCGCAGCGUCUACGAAAAGCUCAUCCAGAUCAAGGCCCGUCUCGAGGACCUGGUCCUUGUACGGCGGUGGACCAUUCGUCCCGAGGACCUCGUCCCGCUGCAGAUGGAGCUCGGCCAGAUCGACAACUUGCGCGUUGACGGGAAGUUCUUGGACGAGCACGGCAACAUCCCCGAGGGCCAGGCCAUCCUGCAUUUCUUGAUCCACAAGUGCUACCGUUUGAUCCAGAAACUUCAAAUGUCCUCGGAACCUGUCUCGGAGGACCUGAUGCCCAUUCUCCGCAAGCUGCAGUCGAUCCGCCAGUGUCUAAUGUCGCUGUGCCGGUGGAAGAUUACCCUGUCCAUGCGCGAGCUCAUUCCUUACCAAAUUGCUCUUGCUGCCAUUGACAACGGCCGACGGGACGGUAAGUUCUUGAGCGCAAGCGGUGAGGUGCCCGAAGGCCAAGGUAUCCUCCACGAGCUCCUGAGCCACUGCUACGACCUCCUGGACGACUUGCGGCGCGAGGCUCUCAGCAACGACGCCCCGAAGGAAGAAUCGGACGACGAGCUCUUUGAAGAAGGUGACGACGGCGAAUUCGUCGACGAAGAGAUCGAUGACGACAUGGAGGACUUGUAGCGGGCUGCCCUUUUCUUCCGUGGUUGCCCUUUUCUUCCGUGGCUGCCCUUUUCUUCUCAUCUGUCCAUUGACGCCCAUGCCCGUCACUCCGUGUUUCUCUUUCAUCCCUUGCCUCCUUUUUUUACUAUACUAUUUUAUCCAUCCACCCUUUCGUUCGUGCUUUUGUGCCGUUCUUUCCCUUCGGUGUCGCAUGCUUGCCCCCGAAUUGUCUCGUCGACCAAUCGAACUGCUUUCGCCCACAAACCUGGCCAGCCACAUCCUGGCCCGCUCCAAAUCCAGCCGUCACGUGCGGCCAUGUGCUGUCCCAAUCGAUAUGGCCAUAAAUGGAAGGCGUCGCUGUUUCCCAGCCCGUUUUCUCCAGUUCCCAGAGCGGCCUUCUCUCCGUCCAUCACUC